AAAACCGAUCUCAUUAUGGCUUGGGGCUAUUGGUCAGCCACAACUGUGGAUCGUGGUCGUUCGCCGCGCCGUUUAACCCAAUGCACACCGUUGCCCGUUAAUCUAGUGCAACGUGAGGAGGAAGAGGAGCCACCAUGUAUACCACAACAACAGCAACCACUACAACAACAACAUCAGCAGCAGCAACAACAACAACAACAGCAAUCGCAAACCUGCCCAAGCACACCAAACCAACAAGGCGGAGGAGGCAGCGGUAAUCUCUGCUACAGUCCCUCUUGCCGUUCCCGCUGUUCGAGCCCAUGUCCGGGUUCACCAUGCGGCUCCAUAACACCACCGCCACCACCACUAUUGACCUCAUCGCAACAGCAUCUACAUUCGAACAAGAAUUGCCCAGCAGCCCAGCAACUCAUGACACAUCUGGAUUAUGCAUCACGUCGUCAAUCCCUGGAUCAAUUGGAUAGUCCUCAGCAGUCGAAAUACUUUGACAUCCAGGCGAAUCAACUGUCGGACAUCAUGUGCCGUGGAGCUGUGGUUAGUUCCAUACAAUCGGCGAAUAAUACUUUAACCAGAGGCGUCUCUCUGCAUAGCCGGAGUGGCAGUGCUCAUGGCAGUGCCCAUGGGAGUCAUCAUAGUCACAGUCACCAUGGCAGUGCACAUGGCUCGUUGGGUUGCCUGCAAGGAGGAGUUCCCGGCGGCAGUGUGGGCAUGGGCGUGGCAACGGGCAGUACUGGAAGCAUUGGAAUGAUGUCAUCUGGAGGGCAUAUCGAUACAGGCGACUAUGAUGUACCACAUCCGCAUCCGUAUACACAUCAUUAUAUGCAGACGACGGCAUCGGUGACACCGCCUCAUGCCACACUGAGCAGGCCGGGAUCGGCAGGAGCUGUGUGCACUGGUCACGACUCAGGCUCGGAUUCAAGUCAGGGAUGUGGAGGCGGUGGCUCCAUAAUGGGCGGCAUGCUGGUGAUGGGUGGCCAUCCGGGACAUAUGGGCAGCUUGGGACAUCACAGUACGGGCAGUGGUUCGCUUGGUCGCUGCUCGAGUCGUUGUCACAAUACAAAUACUACGACUACAGAUGAUUCGGGUGGCGGUAGCAGUGGAGGAGGCGGUGGCGGCGUCGGCAUAGGAGCACCCGGCAUGCUUAUGGAUUACGGACAUCAUGGACACGGACACAGCGGCAGUGCGGGCAGUGGUCUCAAUGGCUGCGGUGGAGGCAGCAUCUCGGGCGGAGGAAGUAUUGGCGGACGCAGCAGUGUGCUGGGCACCAUACACAAUGGACAUGGCCAUCAUCAUCAGCAAUAUCAUCAUGAGUGCAUACACUAUGAACGUUUGCCCAUACCAGUGCCGAUUCCCACUGUUCCCAUGACUGUAGGUGGCGGUCCUCAGGGACAGGGACAUCAGCAGAUGGUGCCGCCGCAUCAAAUGCAGUCGGAGGAAGAGAUUGAGCCAGCAUAUGCGACAGUAUUUCCCAAUGUUCCUCAUGCACCCGGUCAGUCCUGCGAUGGUGAAGAUCGUAGCAUCUACCGACGCGGAGCACGACGUUGGCGUAAAUUGUAUCGCGUUAAUGGACACAUUUUCCAGGCCAAGCGUUUCAAUCGUCGUGCCUCUUGUGCCUACUGUCGGGAUCGAAUCUGGGGACUAGGUCGACAGGGUUUCAAGUGCAUUCAAUGUAAAUUGUUGGUGCACAAAAAGUGUCAUAAGUUAGUUCAGAAGCAUUGUACCGAUCAACCCGAACCAUUGGUCAAGGAGCGAGCCGAGGAUGCCGGUGAUCCAAUGCCGGUGCCAUUGCCCCCCAUACCAUUCGAAGGCCUGAGCUCUCUGGAUACGGGUGAGGGUACACAUGAACAGACCAUAGCCUGUCCGCCGCCACCACCACAUGAAGAUGCACUCGAGGCUGGCACCCAGCGUCAGUAUUCGCUAAGCGAUUUCGAACUGAUUCGGGUUAUCGGACGUGGUAGCUAUGCCAAGGUGCUGAUGGUGGAGCUACGACGAACACGUCGCAUCUAUGCCAUGAAGGUGAUCAAGAAGGCUCUGGUCACCGAUGAUGAGGAUAUCGAUUGGGUGCAAACUGAGAAGCAUGUCUUUGAGACGGCCUCGAAUCAUCCGUUCUUGGUGGGACUGCACUCAUGCUUCCAGACGCCAUCGCGUCUCUUCUUUGUCAUUGAGUUUGUGCGCGGCGGCGAUUUGAUGUAUCACAUGCAACGGCAGCGCCGUCUGCCCGAGGAGCAUGCUCGCUUCUAUGCGGCGGAAAUCAGUUUGGCCCUGAAUUUCCUACACGAGAAGGGCAUUAUCUAUCGGGACUUGAAGCUGGACAAUGUCCUGCUCGAUCACGAGGGACACAUUAAACUGACGGAUUAUGGCAUGUGCAAAGAGGGCAUAAGAUCUGGCGAUACCACAUCCACAUUCUGCGGCACACCAAAUUAUAUUGCUCCCGAGAUAUUGCGUGGCGAGGAUUAUGGCUUCUCUGUGGACUGGUGGGCACUUGGUGUUCUACUCUAUGAAAUGUUGGCCGGACGCAGUCCCUUCGAUUUGGCUGGUGCCUCUGAAAAUCCCGAUCAGAAUACUGAAGAUUAUCUCUUCCAAGUGAUUUUGGAGAAAGCCAUACGUAUUCCACGCUCAUUGAGUGUACGUGCUGCCUCUGUAUUAAAAGGUUUCCUCAAUAAAAAUCCCGCAGAUCGCUUGGGUUGCCAUCGAGAGUCUGCAUUCAUGGAUAUUGUUAGUCAUCCGUUCUUUAAGAAUAUGGACUGGGAAUUGCUUGAGCGCAAACAGGUCACGCCACCAUUUAAGCCACGUUUAGACUCAGAUCGCGAUCUGGCCAAUUUCCCGCCCGAGUUUACAGGCGAAGCCGUACAGCUUACGCCGGAUGAUGAUCAUGUGAUUGAUAAUAUUGAUCAAACGGAAUUCGAGGGUUUUGAGUAUGUGAACCCAUUGUUGAUGUCAUUGGAGGAUUGCGUCUGACAUCACGAAAUGUGUGAUUUGCAUCCGUAUAAUAUGCGGCUCUACGGCGAGGACUCCAGUGAUUAUGAUUCUGUGGCUGAUGAUUUGAGUCUCUUGCAUUUGAAUAGCGCAGGAGUAUCGGCCGCCGCCAAUACUAAUAAUAAUUUAAGCCAACAGCAGCAACAACAUUAUCGUCAGCAGCA